GAAGUGCGAUAUAGAAAUUUGACAUUAGAAGCAGGAAACGGCAAGCUAAUUGAUAUGCAGGCACUGAACACGUUAAGGUGCAGUUGCACAUCCCGCGGGUUUCGAAAUGCGAACACAUUACUUGCGAAUACAAAGUGCCUUCAAAAUGUGUUGCCCCGAACUUAUUGCAGCACGAUCUUGGAUACAGCGUUCAUUUUCAACAUUAAAGGCGCACUGGUCACCAAAGGAUGCUUCGAGACAACAUCACAACUUUUGGGCUGUUUCAGAUCUAGUCAUACCAUUGUGUAUCGGGAUUCACUAUCGAGGACUUUCUGUACGGUUUCAGAAAUUAGAAGCUGUUGGAAGUGUGGGGUUCCUGUCCACCUAACUCCUGCAUUCUUCUGUCCGGCUUGUAAAGUUAUCCAGGCUCCCGAAGAGCAUGCGAACUACUUCGACAUCAUGGACUGUGACAAGUCAUUUGCUUUGGAUACCCAGAGGCUGCAAAAAAGGUACUUGCACCUUCAGCGGUCUCUGCACCCUGACAACUUCAGCCGGAAAACCCAGAAAGAACAAGAAUAUUCAGAAAUCCAGUCUGCACUGGUUAACAAAGCCUACAAGACUCUACUCAAGCCUUUGAGUCGUGGUCUUUAUAUGCUGGAACUUGGGGGCGUGCAUCUGGAAGAAGGGACUGAUAUUUCAGCAGAUCCAGGAUUUCUCCUGGAAAUUAUGGAGAUUAAUGAAAGGCUGGAAGAGACACAAACCAAAGAGGAGGUCAACGGCAUUGGGAGUUCAAUCCAAGGUAGAGUGGAAGAUCUCAUAGAAAAAAUAAAUGCGUCCUUCAAAAAAGGAGACCUUCAGUCAGCCAAAGUCCUGAUUGUGGAAAUGAAAUACUUUGCAAACAUCCAGGAGAAGGUUAAAGAGAGGCUGUCUGUGAUGGCUGUGUGAUGAUCUACCAUGAUUGCUCCUGCAUAUUAUUUUAUUUUAUUUUUAUUUGCUGUUAAUAUAAUACAUCUGUUUUGAAGGUCGAAGGACAUUUUUAGAAUAAAGUAUAUUUAAGGUCCACAUUUAAAUAAUCAUAGUAAAGGCAUUGUUUUCCCUGUUUUUUGUGCUAAGAAAAGAUGCAUCACACCCUGUAUGAUUUUAGAUUAAUAACCUGCAAGCAAAUGUAGUACUUUACAGAAAUUGUUUUUGAGGGACCUUUGAAUUAAUGACACCUUUAUUUCCCUCUCUCUUUUUAAUUGGUGGAAAGCGGUCACAAAUAUUUUGUAUUUGUUGUACACUAAUCAUUGUCUACAGUUUGUAGUGUCAGCUACAGUAACAGGAUGUACAGGAUGUCUCACUCAUUGUGGGCAAGCAGAAUAUUGAGGAAACUCCACGGUCAACAAAUAAGUGUUAUUCACCCGAAAGGUGGUCUCCCCCCCCGCCACUUUCAUUUCCUUCCUGUGCAGCUGUGUAUUUCCUUUCCAACUAACACCUCCUUGCUGUUGUCCUCUCCUUUGUGGCUCAAGCUGUCAUCUAGCUGUCUUAUUAUUAUUAUUUUUUUAAUGAAAGCCUCUUUUGCUGCUUUAGGAAAGAUAUGGUAUUUAAAAUAUGGUAUUUAUUCAAUAUAGUGCCCCUCCCCCCAGAAGUUACUUCUGAUGUUGUUUGAAAGUCAGUUUGUGCAUUUUAUUGUGCUGUUGCUGUCUUAGUCAUGAUAUGAGCAACACACAACACAAAACACAACUACACAUUAUGAAAACAGUAUUUGCUUACAAUAUGUAGAGUGUGUGUAAUUGCCAGUAAAUCUUACAAAAAGAAUGUUAGAUAAAUUAGGACAUUGUGCUUACCUAUUUUGACAGUGUAAGCAUAACUUUCUAAUGUAUGCACCAGGUGCAAACACCAAUCAAGGUGUUUCUGAAUAAGUUUUGCUAUAUAACCAAUGCUCACCCAAGUGACAGGCUUACCACACUAUCUUUAAAAGCAUUUGCAACAUGGCACAGCACGUGAUUAUUUUACCAUUUAUAUGCGCAUGCAUGACAAAUGGUGCAGAACUAGUAUUCAGGUUUAUACAUUUGUGUGUUAUGGCAGGGAUUUGUAAAAUAAACAUAUAAAUUAACUGUAAAAUGAAAUGAAAUGAAAACCUAUUAAUUCAGAUUUUUUCCACUUUCAAUUAGACUUGGUAACCCACAAUAUCAAAGUAAAAAGAAAAGGCAACACACCCAAAGCUGACCUGUGACCAGCUGAAGUGGUUUGUAUUAGUUCAGGGUAAAAAGGGGUAGUGUAUGCCAUUGUAUGGAAACAACUAUGGGCAACAAGGAGAUACCAAAACGUCUCUGGGAUCGAAAUAUUGAAAUGUUCAGAUCAGGAGAGGCUUAGGAAAAGGUAUCAAAGGCCUUAAAUGUAUCAUGGAACACAGUAAUAAUCAAGAAAUAUGGCACCACUAGGACCUUGCCGAGAACAGGUGGUCCCUCCAAAAUGGAUGACCAUGCAAGGAGGAGAGUCAUCAGGGAGGCCACCAAGAGGUGAACAGCAACAUUAAAAGAGCUGCAGGACUUCAUGGCAAGGAAUGGCCACCAUAUACACAUAGGAACAAUGUCAUGUGUUCUCCACAAUUCUGACUCAUUGCAGUUAUCAAAGCAAAAGGUGCUUCCACAAAGUCUUAAUGUAAGGAUUAUUCAACCAAGACAUUCAAAGUUUUUAAUUUUUAAUACAUUUGAAUAACAGACAUCUGAUUUUCACUUACAUAUUGCUGGUUACAAUGUGUAAAUAAAGACUAAAGGAAUACUUUUUUUGU